GCUUGAGUCAAUGUGUGUACACUUACAUUUUAAAGUCACUCCUGAGAAAGUCAUUGAUCUUUGAACUAAUGAGUGUCACCGAGCUUCCCCGUGUUUCUCCUUCUCCGACCGCUGAGGGCACAUCACCACAGACCACGCUGGUCACCACAGAUAUAGUGGUGCUGGUCAUCUACUUCAUCUUGGUCCUGGGUGUGGGAUUUUGGUCAAUGUGGAAUACCAAGAGAAGCACAGUGGAUGGGUAUUUCCUAGCAGGCAAAAACAUGACCUGGUGGCCGGUUGGUGCGUCACUGUUUGCCAGUAAUGUAGGCAGCGGCCACUUCAUUGGACUGGCAGGCUCAGGAGCAGCCGCUGGUAUUAGUCCCACCGCUUAUGAAUGGAACGGCAUGAUGAUGGUGUUGCUCUUAGGCUGGAUGUUUUUACCCAUCUACAUUGCAGCAAGGGUCACGACAAUGCCUGAGUACUUACAGAAAAGAUUUGGUGGCAGAAGAAUACAGUUAUUCCUUUGCGUUUUAUAUCUAUUUAUUUACAUCUUCACAAAAAUAUCGGUUGACAUGUAUGCAGGAGCCGUGUUUAUCCAGCAGGCUCUUCAGUGGGACAUCUACCUCGCUGUGAUUUUACUUCUGGCCAUCACAGCCCUCUACACUAUAGCAGGUGGUCUGGCAGCUGUGAUCUACACCGAUGCAGUUCAGACUCUCAUUAUGCUGAUAGGAGCAAUGAUCCUCAUGGGCUUCAGUUUUGCGGAGGUCGGAGGAAUUCAGGGACUUCUGGAUAAAUAUCCUCAUGCCAUUCCCUCCAUCCGAGUCCCUAACACUACCUGUGGUAUUCCUCGAGAAGAUGCCUUUCAUAUAUUUCGUCACCCUGUGACCUCUGAUCUCCCAUGGCCAGGGGUCAUACUGGGAAUGUCUAUACCCUCCAUGUGGUACUGGUGUUCAGAUCAGGUUAUAGUUCAGCGAUCAUUGGCUUCUAAAAACAUUCUUCACGCUAAAGGAGGUUCACUGCUCGCCUCUUACCUCAAAGUUUUGCCUUUCUUUAUGAUGGUGCUUCCAGGCAUGAUAAGCAGGAUCCUUUAUCCAGAUGAGGUGGGUUGUGGAGACCCUGAUGUGUGUAAAGAGGUGUGUGGGAAUCCGGUGGGCUGUUCAGACAUUGCUUAUGCCAAACUAGUCAUGGAGCUUCUUCCAGCAGGUCUGAGGGGUCUAAUGAUGGCCGUCAUGCUGGCUGCUCUCAUGUCCUCCUUGACCUCCAUAUUCAACAGUUCUAGCACAAUCUUCACCAUGGAUCUGUGGAGGAACAUACGCAAAACUGCCUCUGAAUGGGAGCUUAUGAUCGUGGGCAGAGUGUUCGUGCUGGUAUUAGUGGUGGUGUCAGUGUUGUGGAUUCCUCUGGUUCAGGCCAGUCAGGGUGGACAGCUCUUCAUCUACAUUCAGUCUAUCAGUGUCUACCUUCAGCCUCCAGUAUCUGUUGUCUUCCUCACCGGCUGCUUCUGGAAACGCACCAAUGAAAAGGGGGCAUUCUGGGGCCUGAUUCUGGGCUUGUUGGUGGGGUGUAUCAGGAUGACUUUGGAUUUCGUCUACCCCUCGCCAAACUGCUACGAGAGCGACACCAGACCUGACAUCAUCAAAUAUGUUCACUUCUUAUACUUCUCCAUCAUUCUCACUUUCAUCACACUUCUAGUCGUAGUUUGUGUCAGCCUGGCGACAGAAAAGCCCAAACCUGAGCAGAUCAGUCGACUGACGUGGUACACACGUUUUGACCCCAUAGAGAAGACCGAAGAGGUUGUGACUACAGAUCUGUACACGAUCGAGAGUGCCACACAGUACACGAAAGAGAUGGAAACUGAUGCCUAUGAAACACAAGACGACUCCUGCAGUAUUGAGUCCAGCGAGAAGACUUCAUCUAAGCUGAAAUCUGCUCUGCUUUGGAUCUGUGGAAUGGAGAAGCAAGGAGGAGCGAAAGCCACGAGUCUUCCUCCAGAGCCCCCGGUGUGUUCGCUGGAUGAAGACCCCUGUAUGAAUCACCUGUUAAAUGCCAACCUGAUCGUCUGUCUGUCAGUGGCUGUGUUUCUCAUUGCUUACUGGGCAUAAUCUUCAUUGGUGGAUCUCAUAAAACCACAUGUAGAGCUCAUAAUUUUUGCAUAUAGAAAAGUGGGCUUUAUUUUAAAGAGCACCUAUUGUCCGAUUCAUGUUUUUACAUUACCUUUGGUGAGUAAGUGUGUAUUAGUACAUGUUAAUGAUAUGCUAAAGGUACAAACCCCAAAGUAAACGAUGACGCGAGUUAUCGUCUCCACAUAAAUCUCUUUUCUUGGACUACAACAAACACACGGAUUGUAGGCAACAGUUUAAUUCCUGGGCCUGGACAAGACCGACAUUAUCAUAAUUCCUCCCACUUGGACUCACAGCCUGUACAUUAAAGGUGCUCUCCGUAAGUUGAGAAAUUUCUAACCGUUACUGACACUAGUGGCCGUUAUAGAAACUGCAGCCAGUCUCAUGCUCGUUCUCGGUGGGCACACUCGUACGAGCACGACCACAACAACCAGAGUUGCCGUAGCAACCACAGACAGCUCACUGAGAUUCACCAGCAUGUUUACAAAUGUAAGAAAAGUUACAGUAUUGUAAGGUUAUUGUUUGACAGACCAUAUUUCAGCAAAAUGUUGCAGUGCUACUUUAUAUUUUCAACAGAAGUCUACUUCUAAACGUUUUGUAACACGACACUGUAAAACACACUCCUGACACUCACAAUCUUAAUGCACUCGUGCUCUGAAUAAAGAUAAUUCAUGCAAGAAAGUAACUUUUGAAACGGUCCUGUGCUACAUGCUAUCGUUAGCAUUACACCACAAAAACAAUAACAUAAUAUAUUACAGAUGCCCUGUAACUAUGUCUUACCUUUGCAGUAAAAAGGAAACCUGCUCAAGGUCUGUUUUCAUACCCAGCGCUGACUGGAGCUCCCUCCAAGAAUCAAAUGCCAAUCCGAUGUUUACUCUUGUCUUUUCCCCGACCCCGGUCACGCACUAUUUUGGCCGCACUAGAUAAGGAUUUUUUUUAAACUUACGAGGAGUUUCCGUGAGUGUCUGGAUUGUGCUGGAAGUUGGUUGCUUCUUUCCGUCUACAGAGUCCAUUUGAAACAUGCUAGCGAUUGCCGCUGUUUACUAAUGACGCCGUACGCGUCUAUAUGGAACGCCCAGGUAGACGAGCACGCGCAUGACGUCACAUUUUGAAUUUCGCGCCAAUUCGGACCCGACUCCUUCACACAGAAAAGAGCCUACAGGCUGAUAGAGACAACCGUGGAGGACACUCAAGGUGUCAUUCUUUCUAUUACAUUAUGGUUGCCUCAUAAAUAUACAAAUGAAAACUCUAUCUUAAAGAUUUUUUUAAGUAAUAACUUACAUUCAGCCCCUUUAACUCCUAUUAGCAUUGAAUUGUGACCGAAUCCUUCAAACAUGGUAAGGAGCAUCAGAGGUAUUCAGACCAAUCACAAUGUACAGAUUAGCUGGCCAAUCAGGGACACAGAGCUUUUUAAAUCUCUGCAUUUCAGGAAAAGAGUAAAAUCUGGAGCAACAAAAAUGUACGAUAUGUGGAAAAUAGUGUUGUUGUUUUUUUUUACCAUAAACCACGCAAACACAUUGUAAUAUAGCACAUACACAAAAUAUUUUUUAGCAAUGAAAUAGGUGCCCUUUAAGCAAUGUCCUUUUUGUUUUGUGACAUGCAUCGCAGAUUUACAUAUUUAUUUAUCAACAAUCAGUUUAUAUUUUUUGAUAAGCAAGUCACUGUUUUGCUC